CGCAUCACGUCGCGCCUGCACAUUACGAUGACAUCAUUGCUAGCCAAUGAGAGGCAGCAAACUUGAACUAUGACCCACAGUUCCCGCCAAAAUUGUUUUGCAAGCAGCCUUCGACUUCAUCUCACCGGAAUCUCGGAGUGAAGCCAAUAGUAUCCAUUCAUUUCAAGAUGGCAAGUCCAGCCCGGAAAAGAGUGUUCCAAGAUGACGAACCACUUAAGGAGACCUUACCCCAGGUCUCUCAGAAGAAAGCUCGGAACAAGAAGAAGGGCACUGAGAGUUUCGAGGACGAGCUGGGCACCACCUCAAAUGACUCCAAGAGUGUACCACAACAGGCAGAAGAGUCUAAGAAGGCACAAGACAGAGAGCUGAAUUAUCUUCGCCAGAAGAUAUUUGACAACCUAGAGUACCAAAAUACUGCAUCAGAAUGGGGUCAUGUCAGAGAGGUCCAGGUCACCGUGCCAUUCUCAGAAAGCAGCUUCAGGAGUGUGUUCCUUCAGCAGUUAUCCAUUCCACGGUGUCGCAAAUUGCUGAAGGAACGUACCCUGAAGAACUGUUUCGGAGCGAGGAAAAUCAGCGUUCCAUGGUACAACAUGGCCGAAGUGGACGCCAUCCUGGGGAUGAACUGGGACGUCAGGACAUUCCGGACCAACACGGUGUGUGAGGUCAUCAGGGAGGAAGGGGUAUGUCUGGCUUGGGGACGCAAGAAGAGGGAAAUGUUCUCCCACAUUAAAUGCCCAAGGUGCAACUGGACUGAAAAUUCUGGAGCUCACCGACCAGCAUGCUGCACACCAGCGGUGUCCUACCUUGUGGGGGAAGCAGAGCUUCACUUCUCAUUCGCAAGGAGGAGGGGACACUGGAUGGUCGGCAUGAUGUAACAUAGUUUAAUCGUCCUCUCUCUAUAUAAGUCAGGGCUCGAAAUACUUAUAUUUCUGUAUACUUGCAUACUUGCACUGGUGCAGGAAACUUCUGAAAUUACCCGCACCAAAUAAAUGUUACUUGCACCAUUCAGAUACAUGUGUUACCCCAAAAGUGGAUAAAAGAAUCUUUUUGAACAUAUUUUAUACACCUUUUUACUGAUAACAAUGGUAAUUAUUCAUAAGGGAAUACUGCCAAAUGCAAUGCAUAGAAACUAAAUAAAUAGUUACAACCAGCAAAGAAAAAUCCACUGGUGCAGGUUAGGUGCAGAUAGACAUCAGAAAUACCUGCACAGUCCAACUUUUACCUGCUUUAACCUGCAUAAAUUAUGCAGCUGGUAUUUCGAGCCCUGUACUUAGUCAUACAGUGACAAUUAAACAGCUAGGAACAAUCAUUAAAAUCAGGUUCAAGUGAAGAAUGAUGAUGAC